AGUUUCCACUCGGAUAUCUACCGCCUUCCUUUUGUCUGCCGGAGACGCUCCUCUGCUCAGUCGUCCUCCGAGGAGACGGGAAGAUGACGUCCCGCCGGAUCUACCUGAAGACAACUGUCCUGGUUGCUCUGGCGACGCUGGCAGCUCUCGGAGAUGUGUCCGGCGACAGCCGCCUGCACCGGAUCCUGAGGAGGAGAGACGCGCCUGGAACCACCAGCACCGGUACCAGCACCAGCACCAGCACCGGUACCAGCACCGGUACCAGCACCAGCACCAGCACCGGUACCAGCACCGGCCCGGCCCAGUCCCCCGUCUCCAUCCCGUCCUCCGAGGCCCAGGACUUCCUGGCCAAGCUGAGCAGAACCAAGAGGAACCUCUGGGACCGGAACCGGCCAGACGUGCAGCAGUGGAUCAUGCAGUUCCUGUACAUGGGCUUUGACGAGGAGAGGCUGGAGGCCGACCUGUCGUACUGGAGGGACCACGCUCGCUCCAACGACCCGGGCCGGCAGCAUCACUACGACGAGAACGCCCCCAUCGCCCCGCGGGACGCCACCGCCUACCGGCACGGCGCCAACGUCAACUACGACUAUUACUAACGCCGCGGCGCCUGGGCCGAGUCUAUAUACCCACCAGCGCUGGGUCGUAUAAUCCCUCCAUACGGAAGAGUAUUAGGGCCAGGCAGGAGGAAACAUAUUUGAGAGGGGAAGAUUUUUUUUUAUUGUGUCGAAAUGUUGAGAAAAAAGUAGAAAUGUCGAGAAAAAAGACGAAAUUUCGUGAAUAAAGUUGAAAUGUCGAGAAAAAAGUAGAAAUGUUGAGAUUAAUGUUGAAAUACAAUUUCGAGAAAAAAGUCAAAAUUUCGAGAAAAAAGUGGAAAUGUCGAGAAAAAAGUCGAAAUGUUGAAGAAAAAAGUGGAAAUGUCGAGAAAAAAGUCGAAAUUUUGUGAAUAAAGUUGAAAUGUCGAGAAAAAAGUAGAAAUGUUGAGAUUAAUGUUGAAAUACAAUUUCGAGAAAAAAGUCGAAAUGUCGAGAAAAGUCCAAAUUUAGACGAAAAAAGGCGAAAUGUCGAGAAAAAAGUCAAAAUUUUGUCAAUAAAGUUGAAAUGUCGAGAAAAUAGUAGAAAUGUUGAGAUUAAUGUUGAAAUACAAUUUCGAGAAAAAAGUCAAAAUUUCGAGAAAAAAGUCCAAAUUUAGACGAAAAAAGGCGAAAUGUUGAAGAAAAAAGUCAAAAUUUUGUGAAUAAAGUUGAAAUGUCGAGAAAAAAGUAGAAAUGUUGAGAUUAAUGUUGAAAUACAAUUUUGAGAAAAAAGUCGAAAUUUCGCCUUUUUUCUUAUCAUUUCAACUUUUUUCUCGAAGUGCAUAAUGAAAAAAAAAAUCUUCCCCCUCUAAAAUAUGAUCUUUAUUCUUCUCCUGCCUGGCCCUAAUACUCUCAUACUCUCCAGCUGUCGCUUUCAUCCGGUAAAUAAAAGAAUUGCAUAACACAGACGUGUCCUUCUUCAACAUUUGGUUGUAAAUAAAGAUGUUGCUCUCUUUCCUG